UGAGGAGCAAAGAGAAGACCUACAGGCCUUGAGGUCUUCUUACGAAGUUGCUCAGGCUGCCCUUCAACACGUUUGGUAGUCCAGGUCAGGGUCCAUGGCUGCUGGGGCCAAAAUCAAGGAGCUGGAAGCCCAGACCAUGUCCGGGCAACAAGCCUAUCAGAGAUUACCCGGGCCAGUCAUGCUGAUUGCCUUGCCUCCCCCAGCGAAGGAUUAUCUCUGUCUGUCCGUCACGUCCUUCUGCUUCUGCAUCCUGCUGGCAAUCCCAGCCCUGCUGUUCUCCCUGAAGACCCGGGAAGCCAACUCAGUUGGGGAUUGGAGGCGAGCCCAGAGGAACUCCAGGCUAGCCUUGGGCUUCAGCAUCUCCAGCAUCAUCGUGGGAUGCCUUUUGAUGGCCAGCUCUAUCUCUUUAGUCUUUGAAACAGAGGAUAUGACGUCCUCCUGAACGCUCACCUCACCCAGGGACUUCCAACUGUUCUUGGAGCCUCUGACCUUGAACAUCAGCAGCUGCCUUGCUGAAGGAGCUGUCAGUUGGGCAACAAUGUUAAGAGCAGUAAAGCUUUUGGGGUUUCUAUGC